AAAAGUACAUCAUUUUAUUUAGGAAUGUAGUGAAGUAAAAGUAAAAGUUGCCAAAAAUAUAAAUAGUAAAGUACAGAUACCAAAAAAAACUAAUUAAGUAGUACUUUAAAGUAUUUUUACACCACUGUAUAACUCCGGUAAAGAAAUAUUCUGCCAGGUGCAUAGUCUGUGGUUAUAGAGUAAGACCUUAGAAGGACUGUCGAUCUAUAAACUUUAAAAUGUUACUUUACAGUCAAACUGUCUUCUGACUGAAACACUCAACAACAUAGCACACCAGCUCCCCCCUGUGGCACAGGACUGGAAAUAGUGUGAUAGAGAAAAAGUGUACUGCUUUUUAUCACAGCAAUAACUAGACUCUCCUCCGUAGCAUCAAGACUCUCCUCCGUAGCAUCAAUGGGAGUAUUGUUGUUGUUGUUCCAAAACCGGGCCAAUUUUUUCUGGAGGCCCCCAUUGCUAACCAGAUCAUUCAAAUUUUGCUUUAAAAAAAACAAGUUGGACAGGCCCACUGGGCUAAAAAUGGACCAGCCCACCAAAAUGCCAGAUAGCCAGUCCGCCCCGGCGCGGAUGUAAAUAUAUAAUGCCGCAUACUCUUCCUCCUAUUGGCUUAAACCAUGCAUCAUACCAUCAUUGCUGUGGAAAAAUAAACCAUGCAAGCAAGCAUAGCAAACAAGCCACGAGCUAACUCGGGUUACGGGAAGUCCCUGAAAUACCAAUCGGUGCCAUCCUCCCCUUGUAGAGAAGUGGUGAUUGGGUUAGAAAGGAUUUGGGCGUUACACGUCGCUGUUAAAUUCACAAUUUACUUUUCAUUAUGAGUAUUCAACCGUAAAACAUAGCGACACAUCACUCUCAGGGAACCGGACUGGAUUUGCAACACAUGGCUUCUUCACACCAUCAAAACGACCUGUCCACCGGUUUCCACCCGCAGUUCAAAUCUUUCGCAACAGAAGCGAUCCACGUUGGGCAAGAACCGGAGCAAUGGAAAUCUAUGGCCGUAGUACCACCUAUUUCUCUGUCCACCACGUUCAAGCAGUAUAGCCCUGGAGAUCAUGCUGGUUUUGAGUACAGUCGGAGUGGAAACCCGACCAGAAACUGCCUGGAGAAAGCUGUUGCUGCUCUGGAUGGAGCAAAACACUGUCUUGCUCUUGCCUCUGGGCUGGCUGCGACUAUGACCAUCUCUCACAUGCUGAAAGCUGGAGAUGGCAUUGUCUGCAUGAACGAUGUAUAUGGAGGUACCAAUCGUUAUUUCCGAAAGAUUGCUGCAGAAGUUGGCUUGGUUGUGUCCUUUGCUGAUUGCACCAAAAUCGAGUUGCUCCAGGCUGCUCUUAAGCCAAACACAAAAUUGGUAUGGAUCGAGACCCCCACCAACCCCACCAUGAAAGUGGUGGAUAUCCAGGCCUGUGCAGAUGUGGUCCACCAACACAACACUCAUACUGUGGUGGUUGUGGACAACACUUUCAUGUCAGCCUACUUCCAGCGCCCCCUGGCCCUCGGCGCGGACAUAUGCAUGUAUUCAGCUACUAAGUACAUGAAUGGUCACAGUGACGUUGUAAUGGGCCUGGUGUCUGUGAAUCGGGAGGACCUGUAUGACCGACUGAGGUUUCUACAGAACGCCCUCGGAGCGGUGCCGUCCCCCUUUGACUGCUACCUGUGUAACCGCGGCCUAAAAACCCUGCACCUGCGCAUGAGGCAGCACUUCAAGAACGCCCUGGCAGCGGCCAAGUUCCUGGAGGCAGACCCCAGGGUGGACCGAGUCAUCUUCCCAGGCUUGCCCUCCCACCCCCAGCACGAGCUGAUGAAGAAACAGUGCACAGGCUGCCCAGGGAUGAUCACCUUCUACAUAAAGGGAAAACUGGAGAACGCCACCAUGUUCCUCAGCAACUUAAAGUUAUUUGCACUUGCCGAGAGCCUCGGUGGUUAUGAAAGCUUGGCAGAGCAUCCGGCGAUAAUGACCCAUGCGUCUGUUCCUGAGAGUGAUAGGGCGGCCCUUGGGAUCAGUGACACAAUGGUCCGUCUGUCUGUGGGGCUGGAGGACGAGCAGGACAUCAUCGAGGACCUGGAACAAGCCCUGAACGCCGCUCAUCCAAAGAAGUAAUAUCUUCAGGGCGUGCCAUGACCAGAGGUGGUCUGUCGUCAGCGGGACGGAGCGGCGCUUUAGCACAACGCACACAAACAAUGAUGAAAUCAUCAUCAGGGAACAACCUGCUCUUUAAACAUGACUCCUUAAUUAUUUAAUAGAUUCUUUGGAUGCUGUUUUUAUCAGGAGCACUUCCAAGGACUUUUUAAUCCAUUUGGCUGCUUUUGCAUUAUUUUAAUGUUAUCUUUUGUUUGGAGGGUUUUGACAGGGCAUUGUGAAUUUGAAUAAGAACCUAUCUAAACUGGUAUCCGGGACACUAGAGUAAGGCAAAACAUUUGAGUUACUUUCUGCUUCAUUUAGUUAACUUGAACUAAUGAACCAGAAGGUCUUGCUCUGGAAAUGUCUGGAUAGUAUGCCUAGAUGGAUAAUGUAUGCCCAGUAAAGGGAGCGUGGGGAAGCUUUGUCCCCCAGUGUGUCUUAAAGUUGGCCAGUGAGGGAGUGCCAGUUUGUCCUUGCUGAGCAGUUUUAUAUUUUUAAUAGAAUGACAAACUAGUGCUGUGGUAGGAUUAUUAUUUGAGCUAUGUGGUGUUGCUGAACUCAACUCAGAGUUCACUAACGGGCUUGUUCUCUGAUCAAAACACAGUGACAUCAGGGUUGUCUAUCUGAGGAGAACCAACCCCACAUGUUGGAGCACUCAUCUGACGGUGUAAUCUAUCACAUAUACUGCAUCUGCCUGCUACUCAAUGAAUGUGCUUUGUUUGGGAAAGAUCUCGUUUGAUCAUGUGACCAUUACCAAACUCAAUAAAAUCAGUUUGCAGUACAUUAA